ACACGUAGUAAAAGAAGCCAGCCCACCUCUGUCGCUUUCAGUCUCCUUCCCACCGUGCUUGCUUUCUUUUUGUACUGCAAUACAGCCACCAAGUACACGCCAAGUGCAGCAUUUGUCACAAAUCCUGGUCCAAUAUGAUGAUUCUUGCUUAUUGGGAUAUUCGAGGGCUGGCCCAGCCUAUCCGCCUGUUGUUGGAGUACACUGAGACGCCUUAUGAGGACAAGUUUUAUGUCUGCGGUGAAGCUCCCAACUUUGACAAAAGCUGCUGGUUUGAUGAGAAGCCUGGCCUUGGAAUGGCCUUUCCUAAUUUACCCUACUUGAAGGAUGGAGACAGGAUGAUAGUGCAGAGUAAUGCCAUCAUGAGAUACAUUGCUCGCAAACACAAUCUGUGUGGAGAAACUGAGGAUGAGAAGGUCCGUGUAGACCUCUUGGAGAACCAAGCCAUGGACUUCAGGAACAGCUUUGUGAGGCUGUGUUACACUGACUUUGACAACAUGAAGCAAGGCUACCUGGACAAUCUGCCAUGUGUACUGCAGCAGUUCUCCAGUUUCUUGGGAGACAGGAAGUGGUUUGCUGGUGACAAGAUCACUUUUGUGGACUUCAUCAUGUAUGAGUUGUUGGACCAACACAGAAUGUUUGACAGCACAUGCCUAGAUAAAUUCAAGAACCUCAGAGACCUCCUUGAUUGUUUUGAGGGUCUGGAGAAGAUUGCAGACUACAUGAAGUCGAAAAGGUUCAUGAAAACCCCCGUCAACAACAAGAUGGCCAAAUGGGGCAACAAGAAAGAGUAGUAGUGGACAGGUUUGACUGGCGCAUAUUUUCACACUGCAGUUUCACAAUGGUUGUGGUUUCAUUCUGGUUAGAACAGCAGUUUUAGUUAUAUUGGAAUUGUAUCUAAAAGGUGAUACUGAUUUUUUUUUAUUUGAUUUGUAGCACUUAAUUUACUUGGCACUGUUGACGUUUGAUGUAGAGCACAUUGUCUCUGUUUCCACAUUGAUUUUGACUUCUCACAUUAAAUUAUGCCCAAGAAUGAAAA